CAUUUUGCUGGUGAGAGCUCUCUUCACAUUUCAUUGCUGAAAUCUUUCAUUUCCUUGUUUCCUUUCUCACAUCAUCAGCCUUAACAUCUCUGCUUCUGUUCUUCAAGUUGAAUCCAAUAGCAGCCAUAUGCUUUUUCUCUCUAUUCCCCUCCAUAGCCCUUUGUCAGAUCGUUUGCAACUCUCCCCACCCUCAUACUCAUUCUGAUCUCCUCUGCUCAUUUUCUUUCUCAUUUUGCUCAUAUGUCUAUGUCGCUCUGCUCCUUUGCUUGCUAAACCUUUCAAUUUCCUUGAUUUCUGGUUUUGCAAUUCUGAUUCCUGUAGCUAUCAGCCUGUUGUUAGUUUACUGCUUCUGUUCUUUUGGCUUUCUGUCAUCGAUCUGAUCUGUGUUCCAAAAGAGAAGAAAGGAGUCGCGAGUAGAAAAUGGUAGAAAUUGUUCUUUCGGUUGCAGCAAAAGUUUCAGAGUACCUGGUUGAUCCAGCUGUACGUCAGCUGGGUUAUCUGUUUAACUACCGUGCCAACAUUGAGGACCUCUCUCAACAGGUUCAGAAGCUGAGCGAUGCCAGGGCUAGGCUGCAGCACUCUGUGGAUGAAGCUAUUGGGAAUGGACAUAUAAUCGAAGAUGAUGUUUGCAAGUGGAUGGAACGUGCUGAUGGGUUCAUAGACAAUGCUUGCAAAUUCCUUGAAGAUGAGAAGGAGGCGCGGAAGAGUUGUUUCAAUGGGUUGUGUCCUAAUUUGAAGUCCCGGUACCGGCUAAGCAGGGAAGCAAGGAAGAAGGCAGGGGUUUCUGUUCAAAUCCUUGGAGAUGGCCAAUUUGAGAAGUUAUCAUAUCAGGGGCCUCUGCAAGGGAUAAGGUCUGCACCUUCCGAAGCUUUAGGAUCUAGAAUGUUGACUUUGAAUGAAGUCAUGGAGGCCUUAAGGGAUGCCAAGAUCAACAAGAUCGGGGUAUGGGGGUUGGGCGGUGUCGGGAAGACCACGCUGGUGAAACAAGUGGCUGAACAAGCUGCUCAAAAGAAGUUGUUCGACAAGGUGGUCACGGCAGAUGUGUUAGAGACUCCAGACUUAAAAAAAAUUCAAGGGGAACUUGCAGACUUUCUAGGUAUGAAAUUUGAGGAGGAGAGUGAACAGGGAAGAGCAGCUCGACUAUAUCAGAGGAUGAAGGAGAUUAAGACCAUCCUCAUCAUCUUGGAUGAUAUUUGGGCGAAACUUGACUUGGAGAAAAUAGGAAUUCCUUCUCCAGAUCACCACAAAGGAUGCAAAUUAGUGCUAACUUCUAGAAAUGAACACAUCUUGUCCAAUGAGAUGGAUACUCAAAAGGAUUUUCGAGUUCAACCUUUGCAAGAAGAUGAAACAUGGAUUUUAUUUAAGAACACAGCUGGUUCCAUUGAAAAUCCAGAGUUGCAACCUAUAGCUGUUGAUGUAGCAAAAGAAUGCGCGGGUUUGCCACUUGCAAUAGUAACUGUGGCAGCGGCAUUGAAGGGCGAGAAGAGUGUGUCCAUUUGGGAGGAUGCCCGGCUACAACUGAAAUCGCAAACCUCGACUAACGUAACAGGACUGACAACAAAUGUAUACUCAAGUCUGAAGUUGAGCUACGAACACUUGAAGGGAGUUGAAGUGAAGUCAUUUUUCUUGCUUUGUGGUUUAAUUUCUCAAAAUGAUAUUCAUAUUAGGGACUUGUUGAAAUAUGGUGUGGGUCUGCGAUUAUUUCAAGGAACUAAUACAUUGGAAGAGGCGAAAAAUAGAAUAGAUACAUUGGUUGACAACCUCAAAUCCUCAAAUUUUUUACUAGAAACUGGCCAUAAUGCAGUUGUUAGAAUGCAUGAUCUUGUUCGGAGUACUGCCAGAAAAAUUGCAUUCGAGCAACGUCAUGUGUUUACACACCAGAAGACUACUGUAAGAGUGGAAGAAUGGUCAAGGAUAGAUGAACUCCAGGUCACCUGGGUAAACCUGCAUCGCUGUGAUAUUCAUGAACUUCCAAAAGGGCUGGUAUGUCCAAAACUUGAAUUUUUUGAAUGUUUUCUAAAGACCCAAUCGGCAGUGAAAAUCCCAAACACAUUUUUUGAAGGGAUGAAACAACUCAAAGUAUUAGAUUUAACUAGAAUGCAACUUCCAUCGCUGCCCUUAUCACUUCAGUGCCUUGCAAAUCUUCGAACAUUGUGUUUGGAUGGAUGCAAGUUGGGAGACAUUGUUAUAAUUGCAGAGCUAAAGAAAUUAGAAAUUCUUAGCCUUAUGUAUUCUGAUAUUGAAAAGUUGCCCAGAGAAAUAGCACAGUUGACUCAUCUGAGGCUGUUCGAUUUGAAGGGUUCUUACAAACUAAAAGUAAUUCCACCAGAUGUCAUAUCAAGCUUGUCCCAAUUAGAGGAUUUGUGUAUGGAAAAUAGCUUUACUCAAUGGGAGGGGGAAGGAAAGAGUAAUGCUUGCCUUGCUGAGUUGAAACAUUUGUCUCAUUUAACCGCUUUGGACAUACAAAUAUCAGACGCCAAGUUGCUGCCAAAAGACAUAGUCUUUGAUACCUUGGUGAGAUAUAGAAUAUUUGUAGGUGAUGUCUGGAGCUGGGGAGGAAUUUUUGAAGCCAAUAAAACAUUGAAGCUCAACAAGUUCGAUACAAGCCUCCAUCUGGUGGAUGGUAUCAUCAAGUUGUUGAAGAGAACCGAAGAUCUACACUUGCGUGAAUUGUGUGGUGGUACUAAUGUUCUUUCCAAAUUAGAUGGGGAGGGUUUUUUAAAAUUAAAGCAUCUCAAUGUCGAAAGCAGUCCAGAGAUUCAAUAUAUUGUGAACUCGAUGGAUCUGACUCCAUCACAUGGUGCCUUUCCUGUUAUGGAGACCUUGUCUCUCAAUCAGCUGAUUAACUUGCAAGAGGUAUGCCAUGGCCAAUUUCCAGUAGGGUCCUUUGGUUGCUUGAGAAAAGUGGAAGUGGAAGAUUGUGAUGGCUUGAAAUUUCUCUUCCCGUUGUCUGUGGCUAGAGGCCUUUCCCGACUUGAAGAAACAAAAGUAACCAGAUGCAAGAGUAUGGUUGAGAUGGUUUCUCAAGGAAGGAAAGAAAUAAAAGAAGAUGUUGUUAAUGUGCCUCUGUUCCUUGAAUUGAGAUCCUUGACAUUAGAGGACUUACCCAAGCUCAGUAAUUUCUGCUUUGAGGAGAACCCAGUGCUUUCCAAGCCUGCAAGCACAAUUGUUGGUCCUAGUACACCACCUCUCAACCAACCGGAGAUAAGGGAUGGCCAACUUCUGCUUUCCUUGGGUGGCAACCUCCGGUCUCUCAAGUUGAAGAAUUGCAUGUCACUGUUGAAAUUAUUCCCACCUAGUUUGUUACAGAAUUUGCAAGAACUCACAGUGGAAGACUGUGAUAAACUGGAACAAGUAUUUGAUCUUGAAGAGCUAAAUGUUGAUGAUGGGCAUGUUGAGCUCCUCCCUAAAUUAAAAGAACUGACGUUGAUUGGUCUACCAAAGUUGAGGCAUAUAUGCAACUGUGGCAGCUCCAAAAAUCAUUUCUCUUCUUCUAUGGCUUCUGCUCCUGUAGGCAAUAUCAUCUUCCCUAAAUUAAGCGAUAUUUUACUGAAAUCUUUGCCCAACCUCACAAGCUUCGUCUCCCCUGGAUAUCAUUCCCUCCAAAGGCUUCACCAUGCAGACCUUGAUACCCCCUUCCCGGUGCUCUUUGAUGAAAGGGUUGCAUUUCCUAGCUUCUUGUUCUUAGAAAUCUCGGGACUGGAUAAUGUGAAAAAAAUAUGGCCCAACCAAAUUCCUCGAGAUUCCUUCUCCAAACUAGAAGCGGUGACCGUAUCAUCAUGUGGACAAUUGUUGAAUAUUUUUCCAUCUUGUAUGCUGAAAAGGUUACAGAGUCUAGGGUUUCUGAUCGUAGAGGAUUGUAGUUCAUUAGAAGCGGUUUUUGAUGUGGAAGGGAUAAAUGUGAAUGUGGAUUGUAGUUCAUUAGGGAAUACGUUUGUAUUCCCUAAAAUAACUUUGCUCGCUCUCUGCAAUCUACCUCAACUCAGGAGUUUCUACCCGGGGGCACAUACUUCACAGUGGCCAUUGUUGAAAUAUCUGACAAUGGAGAUGUGUCCUGAACUCGAUGUAUUUGCAUUCCAACAAAGACAUCAAGAGGUAAAUCUUGAUGUUGCAUUUCCUAAUUUGGAGGAAUUAGCAUUGGGUCAAAACAGAGAUACAGAAACAUGGCCAGAGCAAUUUCCAGUGGAUUCCUUUCCCAGACUAAGAUUUUUGGGUGUAUAUGACUAUAGAGAUAUUUUGGUUGUGAUUCCUUCCUUUAUGCUUCAAAGAUUACAUAAUCUGGAAGUACUUAAAGUGAAAAGAUGUAGUUCAGUCAAAGAGGUAUUCCAACUUGAAGGACUUGACGAGGAAAAUCAAGCCAAGAGGCUUGCACGGUUAAGAGAAAUAUGGUUGUUUAAUCUUCCUCGGCUGACGCAUUUGUGGAAGGAAAACUCCAAACCAGGCCCUAAUUUGCAAAGUCUAGAGAGUCUUGAAGUGUUGAAUUGUGAAAGUUUGAUAAAUUUGGUACCAUCCUCGGUAUCUUUCCAGAAUCUAGCUACUCUAGAUGUGCAGUCUUGUGGUAGUCUGAGAAGUUUGAUAUCACCCUCAGUAGCUAAAAGUCUGGUAAAACUCAAAACACUCAAAAUAGGUGGAUCAGAUAUGAUGGAAGAAGUAGUUGCCAACGAAGCAGGGGAAGCAACAGAUGAGAUUACUUUCUACAAAUUACAACACAUGGAGCUUCUGUAUUUGCCAAACCUCACAAGCUUCAGUUCAGGUGGUUAUAUAUUCUCAUUCCCAUCCUUGGAGCAGAUGCUGGUGAAAGAAUGCCCCAAGAUGAAAAUGUUCUCUUCAAGCCUCGUAACUACACCAAGGCUAGAAAGAAUAAAAGUGGGAGAUGAUGAGUGGCCUUGUCAGGAUGAUCUGAAUACCGCCAUCCAUAAUUCGUUUAUAAAUGCACAUGGUAAUGUUAAGGCUGAGAUUGUGGAAUUGGGAGCUGGUUCAGCAUUAUGAUUACAUCAUGUUUUGUUCUUGGGAAUGUUACUCUUUGGUUGGAUUGAUUCCAUGUUAAUGCAAUAUGUAUCACUUUAUCUCAAUCUAUUUGGUUAUAUUUUAGGUUUAUAUA